GUUUAACCACAAAAUUUAAUGUAAGUGUGUCGAAAUUGUUUAAUACUCAUUACUUCUUUUGUCAUAUCAUAUUAAAUUAUAUUAUAAAGUGAUUCAUCAUUAUCGCAACAACUAAAUUGUUUUACGUCGCACAAAAAACCAACAUGUCAGAACGGGAGCCAAUCAGUGGGUCGAGUCGCGACUAUGGUGCUACGGCUGCACCACCCACAGUCGGUUUCGCAGACUUCAGUCCUACAGAGUUAUACAACCUUAGUGAGGGUAUAGCAGAUAAUGUGAACACUAUUAAUAGUGGGCUGCGAGCUCUGGAGAAGAUGAUGAAGCAGAUCGGUGGACCGAAUGAUAGUGUCCAAUUGAGGGAUAAAAUUCACGACACGCAACAGAAGGUAAACAGUUCUGUGUCAGCGACAGCGAGAGAUAUCCAACGGCUGGGCGUGGUUGUGAGGCGGGGGGACAAGCCGCAAAAGCUGCAAGUGGAGAGAUUGACACAGGCGUUUAGGGAUGCGCUCGCGAAUUAUUCCUCAGUUCAGAAGCAAGUGUCAGAAAAAAUGGCGGCACAUAUGCCGACACAGGCCCGCAACAGAAACGACCCCGAGUUGCUGGAGCGACAAGCCAUCGCUGAUGAUGAAGAGGCCAGCCUACUCGCCAACCAGCAAGCACAGGCGCGUCUAGUCCAAUUCGAGACGAGCAUGCUGCUUGAAAAAGAGGCGUACAUGAACAAGAUAGAAGCGGAUGUGUUGGACGUGAACCAGAUAAUGCAGGAUCUAGCGGAUAUGGUGAAUGCGCAGGCGCAGACUGUUGACACAGUAGAAAGUCAUAUAGAAGCAGCAAGCGCUACAGUGGAAGCCGGCGUGGAUGAGUUAGCCAAAGCGGCGGAGCAGCAACGCAGAUAUAGGAAGAGAAUGUUCUUUUUCAUUUCCAUCGCCAUUAUUUUGGCUAUUAUACUCAUCGCGUGGGUGGUUAAGGCGUUUAGAUAAAAUUUAUGAGAGAUUUUUUUGAAAAAAUUAUAAAAAAAAUUACGGAUAAACGGCGAUAGGAUUUUUUUUUUUGAUUUUGUACUUUGUAGCAAUUAUAAUUGCAAGUAAAAAUUUUAAGCGAAAAGAUUAUGGAAAUGAAAUACAAAAAUACAUUUUCCGAAAAAAAUAUGUAAUUAUCUUCAUUUGGAUAUAGCGAGAAGUAUAUUUUUUUUUUCAUACUUACUUCCAUACAUAUUAGUUACGUGAUUAUGAAUACUAUAAAAUAAAUCAAUAUCAAAAUCUUAUUGUACUUAUGAUCUGAAUUCUAGGUCAUUUGUUAAUAAAAACUUUCAGUGCAAUACGUAAUUAAUUUUUAUUUGUUAUUAAUAAAUAUAUACGUCGUCCCAACACCUACUUACACAUCCACAUCACAUUACAGUCUUUCUUGCCUAUGGUUUAGCCAAAUACUUGUAUAAUAUUUUUCUACUUAAUAAGAACGUAAAAAUUCAAUUUAUUUAUUAUUUACUUAAAUCUCACAGUUAAUAAACAUUUUUUUUUUAAACAAAGACUCCUAUUUAUUACCUGUGGUCUUAUUUUAUGCGCAGGUAUACUCUUGUCUGUGAAAAUUAAAUGUUACUAUGUAAGUGACGGUGGUCAACUGUUGGUUUAAUAUUUAAAAAUUAAUGACCAUUUAACAGAUUUAAUAGAUUUUAAACCUAAUUUUUUUUUUUGUGCUCGAAAUUAUACACAGUUUAUUAUAGUAGGUUAUUUUACUACAUAAAUCAAUAUAACAUGUAGAUUUAAUUUAGUUUUAAUUCAUAUUUUGUUAUGUCCGCCAUUUCGAACUGAAAUCGUCUUGCUAAUUCUGUUUUUAUUUUAAAUUUAUGUUUGUCAAAUUAAGAAGGUUUUUAUUAUUUGGCAAAAAAAUGGUAAAAUGAAGGCGCAACUAAGAAGCUAAUAUGCUUACCCUUUAUACAACAAC